CUUUGACCUCUCCCUGCUUGGAAAAUCAAGAAGUUCAGUGAAAGAUAAGCCUGCCAAAAUGAAUAGCUCUCGAAGUAUCUGUCGUUAUUUAGGACAUUUCACCUCGUCUCGGUUUGGGCGGAGUAUCUCCCCUCGACAACCCAGCGGAUUCGAGCUGUUCACAUUACCACCUCGGUGCUUAUCAACGAGCAAUGCUUGGUUAAAUAACAAUGGAUCGUCACAGCCAGUCUCCUCCUCGUCAUCAGGAGGACAAGGGCGAAGCGGCACACCGAGAAGGCAUGAACUGGAGUUGGGUGAGAUGGAAGGGAUCACAUUCAAAGUUGAGCCGUUGAGGAGAACGGGAGAGGACGUGGCAACGAUGAGAGCGCGGCUAUUAUAUCAAUCCCGCAAACGUGGAACUCUUGAAUCAGAUCUACUCCUAUCAACCUUUGCCGCCACAAACCUUUCCACCAUGUCCAAGUCCCAAUUGGAAGAGUAUGAUCGCUUCCUCGAUGAAAAUGACUGGGAUAUAUACUACUGGGCUACGCAAGAACCUCCCGCGCCCGGCACCGAGCCUGAAGCCGAUGCAAAGCCAAAGGAUGCUGUCACCGACACCUGGAAGAACGGAGCUGCGAAGAGUGGGGAGUGGGCACAGACGGUGGGUGCGUUCAAGCCGGCCUACAGACCGGUGCCGGAGAGGUGGGCGGAAAGUGAAAUUCUGAAGUUGCUGAGAGAGCACGUCAAGGAUAAGAGUGCGCUGGGGGAGAAGAGCGGUGACAAGGCCACUGGGGGGGGCCUGGGAAGGAUGCCCAACAUUGAGGUUUUCAACUCGUAGGGCUGGAUAUGGAGGUUGUCUCAAUGUAUGUACUAUAAUUACCCCAUUGCAUGAUCGGUGUCCCAGGCAUAAAGUACUCCGUAUAUAGAUUUGAGAAAAAUUGUAUAUUAAAGCUGUACCAUGAA